UCUGGUCUCUGGGUCUACUCUGUGGGUCUACUCCAGGCUGAAUAUGAAUGGGGGUCCGCGUGAGGAGGAUGGCCACCGCUUGAACCGUGCAGUGCGCCUCCAUCUGCGCAGUGCUGUUUGUCGUGUUUAGUGACUGUGCGCAGCUGAAGCGUAGCAAUGUUUCUUUUGCAGAGGUCGCGUGGCUUUUCACCAAAAGACGAGGAUGGGGUCAUUCUCCAGCGUUUGCAUUGGAGCGUUUUGUAACGUCGUACUGAAUUGCAUCAUGAUUUUCAAUCAGAGCUACGGCGGGUCUCAAUAGUAUAGGCUACCGUGUGCGCUGUUUAUCAUAAAAAUGGAAGACCUCUCACGUCAAGAAAAGGCGUCAAUCCGGUGAUAUGCGUCUGAAUAAGUGAUUUCACAUUCCUGCUCUUCUUGACACAUCUGGGGAAAGAUCUCUCGUUUGUCGCGUGCGCCAGGACAGCUGUGUCAUCAACAACCGGCGUGCUUUUGUUGUUGUCUCAUUUUACGAGCUGGACCUCGGCGUGGUGAGGCGGAUCUGCGCCAGCCAUAGGCUCCUUAGUGACUAAGGUGAGUUGUGGGCGACUCCCCUUGAGACACCUCCUUCUCCUCUUCUAUACCAUGAGCUCUGGCUCCGCCCAGGAUGUGGCAGUCGAGAGUUUCCUGCGUGACAUAGAGAGGCGGAGCAAGCGGCUACACUGCGCUGUGAUUGGCUGCGGCGAGGAGCGCUCCAGUGGCGACAUGAACCUGUUGUAUCGUAAGAGCCGACUGGACUGGAGGCAGAGGGACCAGGAAGGAAGCAGAAAGAGUUCUACCCAGAAUGACCCCUCUGCUACCGUGGGCAAAGUCCGAGACCUGGCAUCAUUUCGCCGCCACUUCCGGAUGGGCUUCAUGACCAUGCCGGCUUCCCAGGACCUGUCCCCUCACUCGUGUGCCUCUGCCAUGGCCCCCCGUUCACAGUCGUGCCAUGCGGUAGGGGCCAGCGACAGCAGCCUGGAGAACGAAGAGGACUACUCUGACACGCAGUCCCAGCACGGAGCCCGCUGCCCCCCAGUAAAACCCAAACGUCACCCCAGCACCCGCCUGAGCACAUCGUCCACCGACAGCAGAGAUGGCAGAGGAGCCCCCGAAGCUGCUCUGCCCCCUCCACCCACACACUCUCAGUCCAAGCACUCAGAAAGGAAGAACUCUAUGAAGAAGUCUGACUCUGGUGAGAUUUGCUCCAAAAAGGUCCCCCCACUGAAGCCUAAGAGGAGCCCGAGCACCCAGCUGACCUUUGAUGCCGUGCCCCCGCGUGUGCCUGCCUCCCUGCCUUUCCAGGGGGCCGACUCCCAGGUCCAGGUCGACGGUGACGAUGAGCCCGUCUACAUAGAGAUGGUGGGACAAGUUUUCAGUAGAGAGAGCCAGACAGCCACCCCCCACCCGGUCACCCCUGUGGCAACCACUCCAGACUCUGACUCCGACCAGAGCGAGGCCAUAUACGAAGAGAUGAAGUACCCCCAACAGGAAGAUAGGGGCAGCCACAGACAACCCCCUCCCAAACAUGAAAAAAUCAAAUCCUCCAAGCAUUACCAUCCCACACCAUCCUCCUCCUCCAGUUCUUCCUCUCUGCCCCGGCCUUCUUCAUCAUCGCCAUCGUACUCCAAACCGAAAGCAAAUGUGUCAAUGUCACACUCCUCACCUCUGCCCUCAUCCGCAUCUUCCACCCCAGUGCCGCAGGUUUUAUCUGCUAGCCCACACACCCCACGUGCUCCCACACCUUACCUUCUUCCAGGUAGUAAAUCUGAGUCUGAAUCCAGCACAAAAAUUCCUGCGCCUUUCCCAAAUCUUCUCCAGCAUCGCCCCCCACUGCUGGCCUUCCCCCAACCAGCUGCUGCCUCCAGUGGUGUCCAGAGCAAAUCUUCUUCUGCCAAAACGCAAACGUCUAACACCACCACACAAGCCAGCACCUCCUCGUCCACCUCCAGUGUCCCCGUGUCCCUCUCUGGCUCCAAAGAGUCAUCCAGUUCAUCAGACAAACAUAAUCGGGACUCGCAGCUUGGCCCUGCCCCUGGACUGAGAGCGAGGAGUCACUCCACACCUCUACCACCCUCCUCCAAAUCCACCUCACCCUUUUCUCAUCACCACCACCACCCGCACCACCGGCCAUCCCACUAUCACCACUACCGCAAACCUGACAGAGGUGACUCGCCCGCCCCCAACAAAAGCAGCAGUGGGCAGUCCACAAGCCAAGCCACAGUGCAGACUCAAACCACAGGUACGGGCAAAGAAAGCAAGUCUGUUAGCUUCCUCUUGAAGGAGAAAGGUGAGAAAGAUAAAGACAGAGAUAAAGAUAAAGAUAAGGAGCGAGGGGAAAGGGACAAAGGGCGAGAGAGGGACAAGGAUCGAGACAGAGACAGAGACAGAGACAGAGACAGAGACCGAGACCGAGACCGAGACCGAGACCGAGACCGAGACAGAGACCGAGAUGGAGGUCCACACUCUUUGCCCAUAGACACCUCCUCUUCAUCCAGCCAGACCCCCCAGAGCAGCACCAGCUCCACUCCCACACCGCUCUCUUCAUCGCAGCGGCCUCACUCUCGCCCACACCUCCGCUCACACGCCCAUGGCCUGCCUGCCUACAAGCCCCCCUCCUCAGACAGCCCCCUGCUCUGGACAUACCCCUCUGGAGGAAUUCGAAGGCCCCCAGCCUAUGAGAGCCUCCGAGCCGGGUCACAGACACCCUCACUGCAGCAGCCCUCCAGCCUGACUGGGCUUGCUGAUGGACCCUCCAAAAGCAAUGGAGGGUCAGGGUCACUCCACUCCAAAGCUGGUUUCCUGCCCUGGGACAGCCACUCCAGUUUAGGAGCAGAUGAAGGCUCUUACUGGCCCAUGCAGAGGAAGCUUUCGUUCAGUCAUGGGAGCAGAGACACAGAGAAUGAGGGUCGUGCCUGGAAUGGCAGUGCUGAUGCCUUGUUGCGGAUGGAUAAAGAAGAGUUUGGUUCUAGAGGGGGGCACUCGGGGAUACCAGUUCAUUUCAGUGGCGCCAGUGGCAGGGCUCUGGGCCACAGUGAGUCUCUGGCUGGUGUGGACAGUAGUUCAGGGUUCAGAGCACUGCCCAGAGCAGGCCUGCCUCUACCCUGCCAGACGUUUCCUACCUGUCGCAAUGGAGAAGUGGGGCGGCUGGGCCGGUCCUCCUCUGCUGCUGGAGUCAGACAGGUGGGAGGAGACGUCCCGAGACAGAGCAGUCUGCCCACACGGGACACACUCAAUUCGGCCCUGCCCUCAGCCUCCUGUAACAGCCCCAGUGUGUCCCGGCAGCAGCAGCAGCUCCAGCUCCAUCAGCAGCAGUUAAAGCAGCAGCUGCAGCAGCUGCAGCAACAGCACCACCUACAGGUGCAGUUCCAGCAGCUGGCUCAGCUAGCCCAGGGUCAGCCCAGCAUCAGCGGGACUGCCUCCUCUACAGCUCAGACCCAGAGAGACGGCAAACUGCUGGAGGUGAUCGAGCGCAAACGCUGCCUGUGCAAAGAGAUUAAAGCCCACAGACGCCCUGACAAGAGCCUGUGUAAGCAGGACAGCAUGCCCAUCCUCCCGAGUUGGAGGCGGACACCUGAACCUCGUAAGACUGGCACUCCGCCCUGCCAGCGGCCACAGGCUGUAGUGUGGGACACAGCCAUCUGAGGGCGGACAGAGGACUGUGCUGAAGGACCAACAAGGCAACAGGAAGAGUGUACUGUGGCUCUAUAAUGGAAAUGUAUUUAAAUGGUUGUGGUGAUAUUCAUUACAAAAGUUUGCCUAUACUUGUGUUUUGAACUGCUCUUAAGGAUGACUUAAGGACAGUUAGGGUAUUUGAUACUUUGAUUAGGGAAAACUGGUAAAUGCGUUGUAAAGAGUCACAAUCAGACUAAAGUAAUUUCUUACCUGAAUGAAUGAUUUGUAAUUGCUAUAUCUUGUUAUUCUUAAUGUGUUCUAAUUGCCAAUGAUUUUUUGCCACAAAGCACCACUAUUACUGCUUCAAAUACAUGACCUACCAGUAAGGGGUGUUUUUAGAUUGUUGUUGCCAAAUCUUUUCCUGUCUCCUUAAGACAAAAAAUACAUUUUAAUUUUUCCCAGCAUUUAGAUAAAGUAAAAAAGGCAACUGCCAAUAAAGAUUGAACUAUUGUUGUGUAGAAACCUCUCUUGAGUGAGACAGUUCCUGAAGUGUUUCCUGUGAAUGCAUAUGAGAUGUCUUGGUAUCAAUAAAUUGUCAUUGUGGAUGCAAAUAAUCAUCACUGGAGAGUAAAAGCUACCUAACUGUAUCUGUUUGCAUAUCUGUAAUCUAAAAUUCUAUUUAAUUUACUCUACAUUUCCUGCAAUUUUAUAGCAAUAUGCUCCCAGUGCUGGAGCAAUAUCAAUGUGUCAACUAGCCUAACAUACAUAUCUAAGACUUGAAUGAGUCAUAUUUUGUGUCAUUUCUGCAUGUCAACAAUAGACAUACAGUAUUGUAAAAUUGUGUGUAGAGAUGAUCAUGUCAGACAUAUACAUUCUACAAAUACUCACUAUAACAAUGUCACAUGGUUGUAUAAAACAAGGGUAAUGUGAUAGAGGGCUUAAGUGGUGCAGUCCAGUCAAAAUCAUCAAUACAAAUACUCCAUCACAGUUGCACAUAAGUGAUUGUUCCAUAUGCUGAAAAACACAGAGACAUCCAUAACUUUGACUGGUGCAACUGAGAAGACUGUGAGAAUAUUGAUCACCUCGAUUCAAUGCUGGAACAAUCUGCACAAAUCAUGGUAUUGGAGAAUAUCAACCCUGCUGUAAAUAGAUAAUGUACAACUGUAUUGAAAAUGUAGCAAUUCUUUCCAUUUUCAUACUUAGUCAAUACAUAUUAUGUAGCAUAUACUGUACAAACAUUUUUUUUAUUUUCUAGAUACAUUUUAUCCGCUGCAGCCAGACCAUCCAUUUCUUCCAGUCAUAUCAGUGAGCAGUAAAAGUCCUCUCUUUCAAAACUUCACUCCAACAGCUGAUCAGUUGAAUUUAUGCAAAACUCCCUUUAAGCUGUGGUAACAUUUCAUUUACACAUUUUUCUAUUUCUAUCCUUUAUGAUUUUAUGUACAGAUUUUUUAUUUAUGUACAAAUUUCAACAACUAGUCCUGUCAACGUUAUGGAUACUUUGCUGCUAUACCUUGAACUGGUUUUGUUCAGAUACACAGAGGCUUACCAUUUUGUUUUAAUAUGGAUAUAGUGCUUAUUAUUAUUCUUACAUAUUUGUUUUAAUUUUAGGAGCCAUGUGAAAUUGAAGAGUGAUGUAAUAAUAUUAAGGCACUUGAAUGUCUUUUGGUUGUUGAUGUUUUUGAUAUAGUUAGCACCAAAUUGUACAGUUACACCACGUGAAAAGGAGACCUAUGUAAAUGUAAUGAAAGUCACUGCUUUGGCCUUUUAAAAAAAUAUUUGUUAUCUUUUAUUCCACCUGCUCCUGUUAAAAGUUUUUUUUCAAGCUUCAUGAGUCCAUUUGAAACAAGUCAGGUUGAGGGAUAUGGGCAAGUGCAAUGCAUGCAGAGAUUCCUUACAAUGAAAUAGCCCCAAAUGUAAUUCCAAAUGCAGAGUAAUCAUCUUAAUAUGAUUUAUUCCCACCGACUGAUAUCAAACCCUGGGUAUCAUUUGCAGUAUAGCUUACUGAAGCUGUUGGUUUUAUGUGUCUACUAAACACUGGCCAUUAUAUGAGUGCCAUACUAUAUUGAUAUGGUAAGAUACGGUGUA